AUGAUGAAAACACAGGUGUUUUGCAAGAUAAGGUAUAUAAGGACACCCUACCGUCAUGAUUUCUUUCUUCACAGCACCAGCUUCACAUCACCCCUAAUAUCUCGCACCCUUCACCUCACCUAUUUGGCACCCACAGCCUUAGACAAAUACCUACUACACCUGGUACUUCCCACCUAUCUUAUCAUCAAUAUGCAGUCCAAGAACCUUCUUCUCACCGCCACUCUGGCCGCCAGCGCCAUGGCCAACGAAGUCAUUCUUCGCCAAGCCCAGGACGAAAACCCCGCCCCAUCCACCACCCCCAUCUCUGACAACAGCCAGCCCGAACCCUCCAGCACCAUCUUCACAGAGUCCCAAGCCGUCGUCAGCGACGGCACCCCGGAAACCAUCACCAUCAUCACCACCACACCACCGGGUACCACCCUCUCAACCACGACCUCUGGUGGCGCCACCUGCGGAGCCCUCGUCACCUCCUUCUACUCAGCCUUUCCCACCCCGACAGGCGCGUACUCUACCUACCUCAACUCUGUCAUCUCCAAAGGCGACGUCUGUGCCCUCGUGCGCUCCGUCCCUGCCACGGUGUUGUCAGCUGCGGCUGCUUAUGAGACCGCGUUGGACAAUUACUUUGCUCGUCCUGAGAAUUUGGAGAGCAUUCUUGAUGUUGGAGAUUGUUUGGCUGCUACGCCCUCGCUGGCGUUGGCGGGGGCCAAUUCGGCCGAGGUCAAGUUCUUGGCCAAGGCUACGGAUCUGUCCAAGUGUAAGAGUGCUGCUCCGGGGAUCAGCAUAAGGGCGGCGGCGGUGUUGGCUUGGGUGGCGGCUGUUGCUUGUGCUUUUGGGAUGAUGUGA